AUGCCAGUGGAUCAUGUAUUUAUACUUAACUUUCUGAAACAGCUAAACUGUGAAGAAUAUACUGAUAUAUUUCUAUCAUAUGGUAUUGCAAGCAAAGAGGAUGUUAAAUACUUAGAUCAAGAGAUAUUAACCGAAAUCGGGAUCAGUAAUAUCGGUGAUAGAAUUCGAAUUUUGAAUAAAUGCAAGACAUGGAAGCAGAGCAAUGAAAAUUCUGAGAAGAAUUCAUGCGAUGAAAUUAAUAAAAUAAUUGAAAAAAUAAAUGGACUUACAACUGGUCCUAUGACAAUUAAUGAGGAGUUGGUGACAGAUAAGCAUUCUGUGAUAUUUAUUUUAAAUGAUGGUUCUGCCAAACAGGUGAAUGUUAACGGUUGUUUUAAUGCCGACUCAAUAAAAAAGAAGCUGAUAAAAAGGCUUUCGUCAGAAUUUACUGCGAAUUCACAACCUGGUGAGGGAACAACAUCCCAGGACUACGAUGUAUUUGUAGUAGACUACUCAAAAAAUGUUUUACAUCUACUAUUUGAUGUUGAGUUGGUUACUAUAUGCCAUUCCAGUGACCGCCUUGAAAAGAAUAGACUAAUAUUUGUUUCUAAGGAUCAAACUCCUAGUGAUAAGGCUAUCCUAACCUCGAAGAAACUGUAUUUGAAGACAAUGAGCGUAUAUAACCAGCUUGGCUCAACUUCAAAUAUUUUGCAGGGGCCCGAUAGCUAUAAUGGCAGCAACUCAGUAUCUAAUAGCCCACAUACUUUAAGAAUCGACAGUAAUAAGGGUAAGAUACGCCAAAUAUUCAACCAAAGACCACCGAGCGAGUUGAUUUCUACCAACCUUCCCGAAUAUUUUCCUCAUACAGACUUUAAGAGACUACAAAAAACAAUUCGCAGUUCCUUUCGUGAAUCUGUCCGUCAAAGCAUGUUAAGACCAGGCGCACCAUUGCCAGCGGGUAAUAAUGUUGGAAGUAUCCUAUUCAAUAACAAUAGCGCUGUAGAUAAAGCGCUACUACAAAGUUUGGAACACAAUAUUCCACAAGAGAAACCAGCACACAAAGUGUUACGUGAAGAAGUACCAUCGUCUCCAGCAAAUCAUGGCUCGAGUGAUGCUGUUAGCCGCAUCGAUCUUAUGAACACAGAUUCAGAAGAUGAAAACGAAACCGAUGAUAAUACUGUUUCUUUACCUACCAAAGUUGUCACUCCGAAAUCGUGGUUAAAGGGAGCUAGAAUCGGUUCAGGUAGUUUUGGAGCGGUAUAUUUGGGCAUGAAUGCACAGACAGGCGAGCUCAUGGCUGUUAAACAAGUAGAAUUACAACCGACAGCUGUUAUGGCACCUGCAGAAGAUAAAAAGGGCGAAACACCAAACACAAAUGCUGUUGUAAAAAAUUCCCAAAUACAUAGAAAAAUGAUAGAUGCUUUGCAGCAUGAGAUGAACCUGCUUAAAGAAUUGCACCAUGAGAAUAUUGUGACGUAUUAUGGCUCUUCACAGGAGGGAGGUAAUCUGAAUAUUUUCCUUGAAUAUGUGCCAGGUGGAUCCGUUUCUUCCAUGUUAAACAGUUACGGGCCCUUUGAAGAACCACUUGUUAAAAACUUCACAAGGCAAACUUUGAUCGGUUUGUCCUAUCUGCACAAGAAAAAUAUUAUUCAUCGUGAUAUAAAAGGAGCCAAUAUUCUGAUCGAUAUUAAAGGUUGCGUUAAGAUAACAGAUUUUGGUAUUUCCAAGAAGUUAACUCCAUUAAAUAAAAAACAGAGUAAAAGAGCAUCACUGCAGGGUUCUGUUUACUGGAUGGCACCUGAAGUUGUUAAACAAGUUGUCACUACAGAAAAAGCUGAUAUUUGGUCCGUUGGCUGUGUGAUUGUUGAAAUGUUUACUGGUAAACAUCCGUUCCCGGACUUCUCACAAAUGCAAGCAAUCUUUAAGAUUGGUACCAACACUAUCCCAGAGCUUCCUUCCUGGGCCAGUUGCGAUGCAAAGGCCUUUUUGCUCAAAACCUUUGAGUUGGAUUACAAAAAACGCCCUAGUAGUGUUGAAUUAUUGCAGCAUGAGUGGUUAGACACAACUCUAGUUAUGUAG